AAACUCCAGGGGGCGCCCUGAUCUCGGGAAAAAUUUUUUAUCUUCUGGCCGAGUAGGUAUCGUAAGAAAGAAUUAUGCUUUUAAAAAUAUUUAAUAGGAAAAAUCAACUCGGUGAACGCCGAUCGUUAAACAUGACAUAAGUCUACAGAUACGGACAUUAAUGAUUUAUCAAUAUUUUUAAUAUUUAAUUAAUUAAACGUGUCGACAGUGGUGAGAAACAGACGACCCGAUGGAUAUCGUCCAGAAGAUACUGAUCUACCUGACUUUUAUCAUUUGUUUGGGUUGCUUGGCACUUCUCUCGGUGUCUUUAGCGACCGAAGAAUGGUUGAAAUCAAAGCCUAUAAUAGAAAGAGAUGUAAUUAAUCGCACCAACGUGAGAAAGUUUGAAGGAGAAGUUCAUUUUGGCCUUUUCUCUGGGAAGAAGAACUUAAAUUUCGGCUUUGGUGACAGAUUGUCAAAUAUAAUAAUUAAAUGUUUUCCAUCAAAAAAUGCAUGCAGCUUUGUUGAAAAAUCUAAUAGAAAUCAAUUUUCAAGAAGUUCAUCUGACCUUAAGUUUGAAAAUUUGAAUAAUACAGACAUAAAGGGAAAUAACAACACAGUUAAGACGAUUCUAAAAGAAGACCCUCCAAUGAUCAUAUAUGGACUCUGGCUUUUCACCGUCCUUUCUGUAGCAUUAAGUAUGCUGUUUGGAUUAGUUGGAGCAAUUUUUGCUGUAAUUAAUAGUGUUACAACACCUGUUGAAUUAAUUACUGGAAUACUUGGUUUAUAUCUGUGGAACGGAAUGGGUGCACUCUUUUCGCUUGGAGCCGUUAUUAGUUGGAUUUUGCAGUUUUAUUUGAAACUUAAUAAAAAUGUCAUGACCAAAGAAGAAUUGAAAUUGAAAUGGAAUUCAGAUGGCAGAUCCUCUUUCGGUUACAGUUUUAUAUUGGUCAUUGUUGCCUUAUGUUUGUAUGUCAUCAAUAUUAUCAUUGUUACAAUCAUUAUCAAACAGCCCUGGAAAAUAAAGGUGCCAAAGACAAAAAUUCAAAAAAAUCCCGAGGGAGUCAUCAUGUUGUAUUGAAGAAUAUUGUUGCCAAAGUUAAGUUGAUUUUAUAAUUGUUUAAACUACGGUAAAGGCAUGAUUGCAUUACUGCUAGUAAGCCAAGUUAUAUCAGGUUGUUAUGUAUUUCUCAGUGAUUUUUAAAAACAAACAAAAAUACAUUAAUUAGUAUUAAAUUUGAAAAAUUGCAGCUGUCAAAACAGAUUUUUUUUUUAAUAUUAGAAAUUUUAAGAAAAUCCAAAAAAAGAUUUCUCUUGUUAUCAUAAGAGUCAAAAAAUGGUUCAAUCCCUCAGUUAAAGAAAUCUUAAUACCCAUUUUAGAACUUCUUUAACUGAAGUUGCUUCAGAUUUUUUAAAAUUUAAAAAGAAAUUAAUGCAAAUUAACUUUCAUCUUUGAAUAAAAAUUUGCCUAUAUAAUUUAAAAAAUUAAACUUUUUAAUGAGAACAUAUUGUACAAUUCAAAUGAUGAAUUUUAUUCCAAAACAAUAAUACGUACUUAAAUAAAAUUGUUGGAAAUAAUAUAGAAUACAUUCCAAUUAUAUUUUUAAUUUU